CAUGUGUCUCACGGUCGAGGCGGAACUUUUACUGUACGUGGUUUAAAGUCAACGUGGUUAGAAACGAUAAGGAUAACGAGUAACUUUCUAGCCUGCCGGUGAAUGAAACGGUUCCGAUAUAAAGAAUCGCCCUAAACCUCAUUUCGCUGCAAUACAAAACUUAUCGCGUAUGAGACGCGUUUGAAAAGUAAUUACUAAACAUGAAAAGCUUAUGUAUAUAAUUUAAUACGUUUAAAAACUAAACUAAAGAUAAAUUCUCUGUGAUGUAAAAAUGUCUAAUGUAAAAAUCUCGGAUUUCAAAAGUCGUCGUUACGCGUUUUUAUCGAUCGAUCGAAGAUGAAAGUAAUUUCGAAUCGAAUAUUUUACAAGUGAAUACGCAUUUUACGAUCGCACACGUGACCAUUCUGUGUCAGAUAUCGUAGCUAGCUCGGAUCCGUAGAACGAGUUAGUUUCUUACACCGUGAAAGCCACGAGUGAAAUGUAAAACUCAAGCCUGACGUGUAUCGUAAUAUCUGGCGUAAGAUUCUCUACGUUUUGUAAGAUUGCGUCAGUUGAAUUCAAGCUUUUUGUAAUACCGGAUGCACACUUCGGUGAAAAUAAAGGAACGAUUAAGUAUAUGUGUAAAUGAUCAUAAAACGGCUAUAAUUGUGUAAACGCCUUAUCAUAGUAUCACAGUAUACAGGAUGAUUCAUUUUUGUUGAUCGAAAUUAAAAUUACUUUCAAUGUAUGAUUCUUGAUUACGAGAAAAUUUCAAUAUCCUAACUUUAUCGAAACUGUAUGGAUACCGUAAUUUUAUUACGAUAAUAAUGUUUCAAACAGCAUCUUUGGUGAACGCUCAUGGCGAACCUUGCCUCGAGUACGGAUGUCCAGGCCGACCACAAUACGAACCUUUUGUACCCGCACCUCCGGGGCACACACCAAAUUGCGCAAAGCCAGGACAAACGUUCUGUGAAAGUCUCGAUCAUUAUCCUCGACAGUUAAUUAAAUUUCUUGUGGACAAAUGCAGCUUCGACUUCAGUUCUGCAUUAAAGGACGAGUCCAAAGAGGACUUCAGUGAUUACAGGUCGGUACCGGAUUACUCCGAGGGAUAUGAUUAUCAGGCGCACGGGGAGGGUCAGUUUCACUCGUUACCAUUCUUGCCAUCGCCUCAGUAUCCCGUUCGAGGGCAGCCGCCGCUCAUUUACGGGACCCCGACGAACGACACUCAGCAGAAUGGCUACAGGUACAUGACACCAGCCCAAGGGAAUCCGUUUUUACGCGAGGAACCGGCGCCCGCCAAGUUUCAUCCUACAGAGCAAAGAGUCACGUCGGAUCGUUCUUUUUACGCUCAACCACAGACUUUGAACUUUGGACAGGGUCAAGCGUGGUGGUCAAACAGAUACGCUAGAAGCAGUAAAAUUGCGCCACGUACGUCCUACGAAAAUCCGUUAUUGAAAUACAGCAAAUUGAGCAAGACGCGUAACAAGAGGCAGUCCAAUCUCGAUGCAAUUCCACUUUGCCCAACGGAGACACAAUAUAUCACUCCGAGAGCGGCUCUGAACAACCAAGGAAACUGGAUGUACGUGGUGAAUCUUCAAGAGAACGACCGGAAAUAUUCGCAGGUAGUGAAGAGUGAGAAAUGCACGAUGGAUGUUUGCAACGGUAUCUGUUCCGUUCCUGCGGGAUACACCAGUAGAUGUCAGCAACAGUAUGUCCAAAAGCGAUUGGUGGCAUUGGAAGGAAGCGGAAACCAGUUGUACACCGACGUUUUCUGGUUCCCCCAUGGCUGCGCCUGUGAAAUUAUAGCAAACUAUUGAAAACACGAAUGAAUCACGAAGUCUGAAGAAAUUUUACUUAUGGACAAAUUCAAAUUGUAUAUCCUUGUCAGCAAAAAACGCAGUAUUACGAAAGUCUUCGUGAAUGAAUUUUUGGGACAAAUUAUUUUGUCAUACUUUGGUAUUGAAAAGCAAAAGAAUAUCGGACCGCCAUGAUAGCCAAUGGAUGAAGAAAUGAAGAAAGAACUUCUCGAAGUGCGUGAUUUAUGGAUUCGUACGUGUAUAAAUAAUUGAAUAAUCAAGGAUUUCGUAGGAGAAUUCUUAAAGGAGAUCGAAGGAGCUUCAGUUUAUAUAAAAAGGAAAAUGAACUUAAAAUAUUAAUUCUACGUAUUACUUAGUUACAUGACCUUUAUAUUUUCUACAUUUUUAAUUUUAUUUCAGUCGUUUUAUUUGAGAUAAUAUUAAUACGAGUAAUUUAGUAGCA